AUGGAUUGUGACACCCGUGAUUUUGACUUUCAAAAAUUUAAGUUACAUUCUGUAAUUGGAUCUGGUGCAUUUUCUUCGGUUUAUGCUGCAUGCUUGAAAGAUACUCCAUCAAAAUUUGCAAUUAAAAAAUUCGCCGAAGGUUAUAAGGAAGAAAUCAUUCUAAAUGAGGUUUGCGAUACUUCAAUUCAAUUUGAAAUUCUUAAAGGUGUAAGAGAAAUACCUAUUCCAACCACAAAUGGUAGAUUUGUUAAGCUUUAUCAAAAAUGUUGGCAACCUGAACCAAAUGAAAGACCUGAGAUUAAUCAAGUAAUUUCGGAACUUAAUAAUAUUAAUCAUUUUUAUUCUAAAGAAUCGAAGUUAGAAAGUGAAGGAUGUGAAAGAAGAAUUAAAAAGUGA